AUUUUUGGAAGCCACUUAAUAAACCACGAGGCUCUGUGUCUUGUUUAAUCCUUCUUGUUUCAAGAGCCUGUCGUUCCUGGUUUUGCAGUUCCAAGAAAGCGCCAUGCACAAAAUAUGCCUCGUGGCUCUGUGUGCUUUUUUGACAAUUGUCACAUCACAAGAAUGCGUCGACCGCAGCUCAUAUUGUUUCGUCUACAAAUACAUUUGUAAUUACAAUUGGUAUAAGGAGUGGCUAACGAAGAACUGUGCAAAGACAUGCCAAAACCUGUGCAAACUGAACAAAUGUGGGCAGCCAGCUAUACAACCCAAUCUCCAAAGUGGAAUUGCACGGCCCGGAGGAUGGCCAUGGCAGGUCCUCUUGUUGUUGAACGGUAGAGCGCACUGCGGGGGAGCACUCGUUGCGUCAAGAUGGGUUGUCACUGCAGCACAUUGCGUUGAUGGCUUGGAAAGCUUUUCGAACCUUUAUGAAGUGAGGCUUGGUGAGCACAAUCUCGGACGCUACGAAGGCACUGAGAUUGACAUAGGAGUUGAGAGAAUUCUUACUCAUCCAUCCUACCAAUCACAGUCCCGCAGUAAUGAUAUUGCUUUGAUGAAACUCAAACGCGAUGUUCAAUUCGGAAGAUAUUCUGGAACCGUUUGCCUGCCAGAGCUUAAAAGAAUAAUCCAAACUGGCACCCAAUGUUUUUUAACUGGUUGGGGUGAUCUCAGAAACACUGGAGGCAGGCCCGUGCUUCUACAACAGACAAUGUUGCAAGUUGCUAACAGCUCUGAUUGCAAAGCACCUGGUGGUUCAAAAUACCCAGAAAUAAAAGCAGAUGACAAAAUGAUUUGUGGCAAAGAAAGACGGGUUUCAAGAUUUGAGGGUUGCCAUGGUGACAGUGGUGGCCCAUUUGUUUGUAAGGAUGGACCAAAUGGAGAAUGGGUACUGGAUGGCACGGUAAGCUGGGGAACUGGCACAUGUGGACAGGCUGGUACAUUCACAGUGGUUACAAAAGUUUCUGCCUUCCGGGCUUGGAUUGAAGAAGCAAUGAACAAAUUCUAAUCUUGGAGGCUGCAAAGGGAAGUCUUUCCUAAACAUUAUUAAACGAGUUUUAAAAUAUCUUUGAAUGUAAUCAAAUUGAUUCAGAGAGAUCUUAUUGUUAUUGUUAGCGAUUACUUUAAUGCGGUUGAACAAAAUAAAAAAAUUUUAAAAGGCAUUUUCAAAAUAUAAGAAAUAUGGGGAAAAA